CAUGCGUCAGUUUCUUAUCAUUGUCCUGCUUUUCACACUCGGCAGCCAUGUCUGGGAAUCCAUUGAAAUUUUGCAUUUUCCUUUCACUGAUUGGAGGAGUGGCAUUACAAGAUUUGUGUCACACAAAUUAUGGAGGAACCUGCGUUAAUUAUUACUUUAAUAACUGCCUGUCCGGCUACUCCUAUACCAGGAGUGGGUGUGGCUUUCAAGAAAUGUGCUGCAUUCCUCCAAAGUUUCAAUUAACUCCGCCAAUUCACCCAGGUCAGUGUGGAUUAAGUACACCUAUAACGACACAUCAAUAUAAAAUAGUGGGAGGCACAAGGGCUAAACCUGGCGAAUUCCCUUGGCAGGUUUCAAUGAGAUCAAAUGGACAUCACGUGUGCGGAGGAAUACUUAUAGCUGACCAAUGGGUUCUCACAGCUGCUCACUGCUUCAAUGAGUAGGACUUAGUUGUAUCUAUUUGGGCAACUACAUUGUGUU